CUCUUGACUAUAGCUAAUGGCUUCAGAGUCUAGAUUUCAAGCCUGAUUUGAUUGUCCGUUAGAAAGGAAAUUGAUGUUUUAUAAUGGUUCCCAUUUGCGAAAAUAAAGAAUGGCCCGCGAUUUUGUAGGGCUAUUAUAAGGCCGAGAUGAUAACCAAAUCGAUACUAUAGAUAAGAGAAAAAGGUGAGGUAUCACAUCAUUUUAAGCAAGCGUCUAGGAGAUUCGAAGAAGAGAAGAAAAAAGAUGGGUAUGGAGAAGCAAAUCAUCAGACCCGGCACAGGACCCAAACCCGCUCCGGGUCAAACCGUCACCGUCCACUGUACUGGAUUCGGGAAAGGUGGUGAUCUUUCUCAGCAAUUCUGGAGUACAAAGGACGCUGGCCAAAAACCUUUCUCCUUCCAGAUCGGUAAAGGUGCUGUGAUCAAAGGAUGGGAUGAAGGCGUUAUUGGAAUGCAAAUUGGAGAGGUUGCUCGAUUGCGGUGCUCACCGGAUUACGCAUAUGGUGCUGGUGGAUUUCCGGCGUGGGGAAUCUAGCCAAACUCGGUUCUCGACUUUGAAAUCGAAGUACUCAGCGUGCAGUGAUGAUCUAUUUCACUCCAGCUCAAAAAAUAGUUUUCCUUAAUAUUUGUGCAUUGAGGUAAAACAUAAGUAAUAUGGAACAGAGGAACUAUUAGUUUAUUUUUAAAUAUUUCUAUAAUGUACUGUCGGAGAUGGUUUACAUAUUUGAAAAAGCCCCCAAUAAAACAAUAUAUCUAUUGAAAAUAUAACCACACAUGAUUUUGUUAGUGGUGUGAUUAUUGUGAUCAUGUAAUGUUGGAGAUAUGAUUUUCUGCU